ACCUUUGGCCGGUCAGAUGAUCUCAGACUAAUUUACCUUAAAGGGUUAUUGUGAGGAUGAAAUUAAGAAUUGGAAAAUAAUAUAAGCUGCUUUGGGUCUUGGACAGAAAGGUGAGGUAAAAUUGAAGUAAAUAAAUAGAUAUUGGAGAUGCUAGCUAAUAGGGAAUAGUCAACUUCAGACUAAUGAUUGUCUUCUCAUACAACAGCUCUCCAGAAUCUUAGUCUUUCAUUUUGCCUACUAUCUCAUUCUUUUAAGCUAGAGAUGCCAGGGAUUGAAUCUGGAACUUCAAGCACGCCAAGCAGAUACUUUACCACUGAGCUACAGCCCUUCCCCAACUAGCGGGAGAGGGAGAGUGGCAUUUGAAUGUCCCAUCUUGGGACAUCUUGGAUCAACCCUGCCUAUUUCAUCAACCCACAUCCCUAAAGAAAAUAUGACUUACCUUUCUUGGAGAGUCCAUUAAGCUUCUUACCAAGUCAUAACCUCCUCUUGCCAUUCUCAGGUCACCUUCAAUGCCUGCAAGAUGACCAGACCUACUUUGGCUUUUGCUUGUCUCCUCCAGCUCUCUUUUCUCUGUCCUUUUCUCAUCUUUUACCCAAUCUUUCCUCCCCCUUACUUUUCUCCCUCCUUCUCCCUCUGCGUACUUUGUGAACUGCUGCUGCAAUGCCGAAGUCCAAAGUUCAGUAACUUGCCUAAGCACACAGAUAAAUAUGAACCUUGGAGAAUUUGCAUUGCUCCAAUGUAAACAGAUAGGUGAGGGUCUCUUUAUCAGUUCUGACUCAGGACAGUUGUGGGGGGUCUGAAGCAGCUAAUUUUUGUGUCUUGGAUUUGGGGUGUGUGUGUGUAAAGGCGGGAUCCACUGACCAUUGGCUCUGCGACUUUGUAAUCAUGGUGUAGCAAAAAAAAAAAAAAGGAGGCUGCAGCAGAGACGGUACAGCUUGCAUACCAGGAGAAAAAGAAAGGAGGGAAAAGACCAUGGUCUCAAAACUGACUCAUCUUCAGGUGGAACUGUUGGGAGCACUGCUGGAAUCAGGGCUCAGCAAGGAGACUCUUAUUAAAGCCCUGAGUGAGGCAGACCCCUACAACGAGAGCCAACAGCUCACCAACACAGCCCAGACAGACAAACAGGAAACCUGUGCAGAAAUCCCAGUUCUUACCAAUGGAAUGGGGGAGUCUAGGAUGUCUGAAGAGGAAACAUCUGAUGAUGGAGAAGACUUCACUCCUCCAAUAAUUAAGGAACUUGAAAAUUUGAACCCAGAGGAGGCUGCACACCAAAAAGCGGUGGUGGAGAGAUUAUUACAAGAGGAUCCCUGGAGGGUAGCUAAGAUGGUGAAGUCCUACCUUCAGCAGCACAAUAUCCCCCAGCGAGAGGUAGUUGACACCACAGGCUUGAAUCAAUCCCACCUUUCACAGCAUCUCAACAAGGGUACUCCUAUGAAGACUCAGAAGAGAGCUGCCCUCUACACCUGGUAUGUCCGCAAGCAGCGAGAGGUGGCUCAGCAAUUUACACAUGCUGGUCAGGGUAUCAUGGUGGAAGACUCAAUGGGAGAUGACCUACCAACCAAGAAAGGGAGAAGAAAUCGCUUCAAAUGGGGCCCAGCUUCACAGCAAAUCCUCUUUCAAGCCUAUGAGAGACAGAAGAAUCCCAGCAAGGAGGAACGAGAAGCAUUGGUAGAGGAGUGCAAUAGGGCAGAGUGCAUUCAGCGAGGUGUCUCCCCUUCCCAGGCCCAAGGGCUGGGCUCAAACCUUGUGACUGAAGUGAGAGUUUACAAUUGGUUUGCCAACAGACGGAAGGAGGAGGCUUUUCGGCACAAGCUAGCCAUGGACAGCUACAGCGGCCCACAACCUAAUUCUGCUCCCACCUUGGCUGCACACAGUUCAUCCUCUCUCCAGCCAGCUGCACCUCUCUCACCAAACAAGGUCCACGAUCAAGUUCCCCUGCAGCAACAAAGCCUCUCAUUUUCUGAUUCUGGCAUGAGGUACAACCAGCAGCCUGUCAGUGAGACAGAUUCAUCUGAAGGCAACCCACAUGGGGGGAACAAUUCCAUCGUGACCACUCAGACCAUCCUGCAUCAAGCCUCUUCUCCUGGUCUGUGUUCAGCUGGAUCUGUCUCAGCUUCAGAUACUAAGCUGAUCUCCGUUCCGGGGGGCUCUCUUCCUCCUGUUAGUACUCUUACAGCCUUACACAGCCUGGAGCAAAACCCUCAUGCAUUGAGCCAACAGACUCAAAAUCUCAUCAUGGCAUCACUUCCUGGAGUGAUGGCAAUUGGACCAGGUGACACGUCUUCACUAGCACCAGCAUUCUCUAAUACGGGAACCUCCACACUGGUAAUCGGCCUGGCCUCUACCCAAGCCCAGAGCGUCCCUGUGAUCAACAACAUGGGGAGCAGCCUCACCACCCUUCAGCCUGUCCAGUUCUCACAGCAACUGCAUCCAUCUUACCAGCAACCUAUUAUGCAACAAGUCCAAAGCCAUCUCAACCAGAGUCCGUUCAUGGCCACCAUGGCCCAGAUCCAGGCUCCUCAUGCUCUGUACAGCCACAAGCCUGAGGUGACCCAGUAUACCCACACUGGCCUUUUGCCACAGACUAUGGUGAUAACGGAUACAGCUAAUCUCAGCGCGCUGACCAGCUUGACACCAACCAAACAGGUGUUUACAUCAGACUCUGAAACCCACACAGAGACUGGCAUCCACACGCCGCCAGCACAGGCCUCAACCAUCCACUUGCAAAAUCAAGAGGCCACCAUCCAGCACCUUCCACCAAGCCACCGUCUCUCCUCUAGUCCUGCAGUCUCCUCCAGCAACCUGGUACUUUACCAGACCUCUGACUCCACCAGCAGCCACAGCCACUUGCUACCAUCAACUCAUGGUGUUAUAGAGACUUUCAUCUCGACACAGAUGGCAUCCUCCACUCAGUAACCACGGUGACCAAAUGGAUAGUUGAUCCUAAAGAGUAAAGUGCACGGAGCUCCAGGCCUCACUCUGUGAUGCUUCCCAUGAAGGAGGGAAGACCAGCAAACACCCAUCUGAGCAGAUGUUUCUUCUGUUUCCUCCACCAUUCUGCAGCCCGAGCCCUGGAAGAGACUUGAGCCAGAUGCAAAUAUAUGUGUAGGGAAAAAACUGAAGCACAUACUGCCAUGAAUCUUUGCAAAGAGACAAAAAACAUGGAUGAUAAUCUUCGCUCUAUAGCAAAACUCUCAAGAUAGGACUAAAAAAUGAGUGGAGAAGGCAGUCAGCCUUACAAUGGCUGCUGCAGAAAAAAGGAAAGCUGGCAAAAGAAGCUCCUCCUUCACACACAUUAACAGUUGGCAAGCCGUGUGCCUUCUCCUUUGGGCAGGCACUGCAAAACAACUCACUACCCUGAGCUGUGGCAGAACACAGCAUAUGUCCAGGGCAUGACAUUUUCAGUCACAGGCCUAAUGACAUAGGAGACAUUCCUGCGAUUUCUUUUUGUCAGGCCUCAAGCCCACAGUGACCUGAGCUGAUAUGCUGAAGUGGUACCAAAUGGAUAGUUGAUCCUAAAGGAUGGAACUAUGAGAACACCAGACAAGAAAUAAUAGGGCAGAGUAGGUAAAGUUAUAUCCUUAUAAGUGUUUCUGAGUGAGGAGUGCUAACUGAGCAACAAGGAGAUAGAUUCAGGUGGGUAGCCGUGUUGGUCUGAAGCAGCAGAACAAAGUUUGAGACUCCCAGCACUUUUAAGACCAACGAAGUAUAACUCUGGGUAGAAUCUUUCAUGUACAUGUACACUUCCUCAGAAACUAUGAAAUGGAAAUUACCAGUUCAUACGUAUAGAUAGAGAGUGAACAGUAAAUUAUCAUACAGCAUAAUGAAGAUGUUUUAACACAUUCAAGGACCAAACAGGAAUAACAAGCUUGGUUUAUAUGGUUAGCAUUCGUUUGUGAUUAAUUCUUCCGGGAGGGUGGGCAUAGUGAAGGAAAUAAAUAUGUCAAAAUUGGAGGCUGGUGAGCAGAUGUGUCCUUAAACUGCAGAAUUCUGAGAGUAAUUAACUGAGACCCAGCCAUUACACUCAAGCAUGGAGGUGACCUUACAGCAUCCUAUUCUUUGAAGUGGGAUGAUUGACUGUGUGUAAUCUCCCGUCCCCAGACCAGAGAAAUACAUCCCAAUCUACCAUUCCAAAUUACAUUAUAUUCUACUGUUCAUUACAUUACAAUCUACUAUUUUAAUAUAUUAUUCCAAAUAUGAAAUAAAACAAAGAAGAC